GAAAAAGCAAGAAACCAUAGAAAGAGAGAAGUCUCUCCUUUCCUCUUCUCUCUCUCCCAGCUCGUUCUCUCUCCCUCUCUCUCUCUCCUUUUUCCUUGCGUCUGUCUCUUAUCACUUCACUUUCUUUUCGGCUUGGGUUCUUUCCUUCGCCCCUCCACAAAACCAAGAACAAUUGUGUUGGAUUUGUUUGUGUGAAUUGGGAAUUAUGGAUUUGGAUUGAUGACUUUGCCUUGUCUUGUUCUUUUCUGUGAUUUCUUUUUUGAAACCCUAAAAUUUGACUCGCCGAGGAUUGAGCUUCAUUGAUUGAAGAAGGGCGGGUUUGGAUGAGAUUGAGACGGGGCAUCGUAAAGAGGAGGAAACAGGAACUGCACCGGAAAGAGAGGCAGGAAUAAUAGUGGUUUUUGAUGCCGCCGGAGCAAUUGCCCUGGGAUCGAAGGGAUUUCCGGAAGCACGAGAGAUCCGCGUCCGAACAACGGUUUGGUGGCGGGGGAUUCGGCGGUGGAGGGCCGCAUAGGUGGCGGGAGCAACACCACCACACCCACGGGCCUCCGGCGCCUCCGCCGCACCCGCCGCCUUAUCAUCACCACAAUAACCAGCAACAGCAGCAGCAGCAGCGUUGGUAUUCAGAUUUUCGCUCGUCUCGCCCUGUCCCGUCUGGCCAUAGUAAGCAGGGUGGUUGGCAUGUGUACCCAGAUGAUGCUGGUCCUGGAUUCAUGCCUUUUGGAUCGAGAUAUGGUGACAGACAUAUAGAAGAUGAUAACUUUCAAUCUCUAGGGUCUCGCAACGAUGGGAGGUAUUUUAGGAACAAUAGGGAGAAUAGGGGAUCCUUUAAUCAGAAAGACUGGAGAUCUCCUUCCUGGGAACCUGCUGCAACCUCCAGUGGUCCAGGGAGACCUGCAGCUGAUGUUGGUAAUCCAAAGCCUGUAGCGAAUUCUGAAAUAUGGCAUAAUAGCAAGUCCAAUGACUCCUCUCAUCAUCCUCUUCCCACAUCGAGUCAAUCUUUGUCUCUUAUGAAAGAGCAGGAGAGAAAUGAUUGUACACCUAAUGUGGGGGAUAGCUCAUGCCAGAAAUCUGAGAAAGAAAGUGGUCUAGAAUCAGUAGAUUGGAAGCCCCUGAAAUGGACUCGGUCAGGAAGCUUGCCUUCGAGGGGCCCUAGUUUUAGCCAAUUGAGUGGCGCUAAGAGUGCUGGAGCAGAUGCUAUUGAGACAAUGGUUGAGGUGCAGCUGAAGAGUGCAGUGCCUGUUCAAUCUCCUUCGAGUUCCAAUGCAAAGUCCAGUGUUCCUGCUUCGCGUGAAGAGAUUGCUUCCAGGAAGAAACCGCGACUUGGCUGGGGUGAGGGUCUUGCAAAGUAUGAAAAGAAGAAAGUUGAAGGCCCUGAAGAUGGUGUUGCAAAAGAUGGACUAAUAGUUAGCAUCACAGCUGCAGAAACUGUGCAGUCACCUUCUGUGAACCUGUCUGAUAAGAGCCCUAGAGUUGCAGGUACUUCAGGUUGUGCUUCGCCUGCUACGCCGUCAUCCUUUGCUUGUAGCUCUUCACCAGGUAUUGAGGAGAAAGAGUCCAUCAGGCCUGCAAACACUGAUCAAGAAAAUGUUAAUUUGUCUUCUUCACCUUGUAUUACAUCCAAGAUGCACCAUGAUGGACCAACUUUUAAUUUAGAAAGCAUUGAUCUCACAUCUAUUGUCAAGUUGAGUUCUCUCAUAAAUGAUUUGCUACAAUCAGAGGACCCAAGUUCCGGAGAAGCAGAUUGCGCACAAACAACCUCAAUGAGAAAGUUGUUGGUAUGGAAGGUUGAUAUACUAAAAGCACUUGAGGUGACUGAGUCUGAGAUAGAUUUACUUGAAACCGAGCUAAAGUCCCUGAGAGCUGAACCUAGUAGUUGCUUUGAAUGUCCAGCUACCUCCGGUUUGUUGCCAGGAGAGUUUCCUUUGAAACCUAGUGAAGAGCAAGCUACUGUUUCAGCUUUUACUGUUGAGCCUGCUCCUCUUCCGGGUGGUUCAAUUGGAAGCAUGAAUGUUGAGACUAUGCCUGCUGCAGUGAAAGAAGAGCGUGAGGCGUUAAAAAAUGAGGGGAUAGAUAGUCCAGGCAGUGCUCCAAUUACAAUCAGUGAGCCCCUUCCUGUGGAAGAUGUCAAUCUUCCCGAUACAGCUGAAUGCAAAGGUUUUGUCAAUUUGGACUCCAGCAAUUCCAGUAACUUGAAUCUCCUGUGUAUAGAGAAUGGUCUCAACAAUGAGAUUAACUCUUCUCAUGUUGAUCUUUCUGAACUUAUCAAAGACAGUUGUCAACAUGCUAAUGUUGAACAUGUGCAUUGUGGGAGAAACCGUGGUUAUGACUGUAUAUUGGCUUCCAAUAAAGACACUGCUAGUUGUACUUCAGAGGACUUAAAUAAGUUAUUACCCUCCGGACACUGUUCCUUUGAUAUUUCAGUUGCAUCCAAUGAAUCAUCUCUAGGGCGGAAUUCAUCAAGAAUCAAGGAGAAGUUUCUAGUGAGGAAACGAUCCCUCAAGUUUAAGGAGAAAGUUAUAACACUGAAGUUUAGAGUAUUUCACCAUUUCUGGAAGGAAGGUCGCAUGGUAUCUGUAAAGAAACUGAGGGGAAAAUCUCACAAGAUGUCAGAUAUGAGUCAAUCUGGGCAUAAGAAGUAUCGUACAUCCAGUCGCUCUCGAAUUUCGUACUUUGCUUGGAACAAUCAAACAGUGUCUGCAGAAGAAGUAAUUAAGUUUAUCAAUGGCUUGCUCUCUGAGUCAGCAUUCAAACCCUGUAGGAGUACUUUGAAGAUGCCAGCCUUAAUAUUGGACAAGGGGACAAAGAUGUCGACGUUCGUUUCAAGUAACGGCCUAGUGGAAGAUCCUUGCGCCGCUGAAAAAGAAAGGUCGAUUAUCAACUCCUGGACUGCUGAUGAGAGGGAAGUUUUCAUUGAUAAGCUUGCUACUUUCGGGAAAAAUUUCAGGAAGAUUUCUUCGUUUCUGGAACACAAAACAAUAGCUGAUUGCAUUGAGUUCUACUACAAGAACCAUAAAUCCGAAUGCUUUGCAAGAGCCAGAAAGAAGUCAGAGUUUUCGGAACAGAGAAAGCCUCAAAACACCACAUACUUGGUUGCUACCGGGAAAAGAUGGAACCGUGAGGUCAAUGCUGCGUCCCUCAACAUUCUUGGCGAAGCUCCGAGGCGGGACAAUGGUUCGCUGCGGAGAUCUAAUAGUCUUGAAAUUUACAGCAAUGAAACCGUAGCUGCCGAUGUUUUGGCUGGCAUUUGUGGUUCUCUGUCUUCCGAGGCAGUGAAUUCUUGCAUCCCGACUUCUUUCGACAAUGCUGAUGGGUACAAGGAUUGGAAGUAUGCAAGAGUUGGUUCUGGCUCUAAGCGGCCCGUGACUCCUGAUCGUACGCCGAAUGGCGAUGACGAGUGCUCAGAUGACAGCUGUGAGGAGUUGGACUCCGCCGACUGGACCGAGGAAGAGAAAUCCAAUUUUGUUCAAGCCAUGUCGUCAUACGGGAAGGAUUUUGAUGUGAUAGCGCAUUUGGUCCGAACGAAGUCCAAGGAUCAGUGCAAGAUAUUCUUUAGCAAAGCUCGUAAAUGCCUUGGGUUGGAUCAGAUUCAUCCUGGAUCGGUGCAUGCUGUUUCGGGCGUUGCUAAUGGAGGCGGCAGCGAUACCGAAGAUGGUUGCGUUGUGCAGACGGAUUCCAUCAUUGUCGAUGAUAAUGGCCCUGUUAUCAAGUCGGAAGCAGAUCUCUCGAUAGCUGCUGCUACAUGUGAAAAUAACAAACAUCGUACGAACCCAAUCUUGGAGAGUUCAUCAAUGGAUGAUAAGCAGAUUGCAAACCAUGGUGCUUCUAGUGAAGGAAAAAGCGAUGGGGUCAUAUUCUCCGCCCCGGAUUCAGCUAAGGGGACUUUGGCUGAUUCUGACUUUGCAGGAUCAUGUCGGGGAGAAAAUGACGUGAAGGAUUACAUGUUGCACGUUGAUUCGGGCACCAAGGAAGUAGAAGAUACAGACGCCGAUCCUGCUGAAUUCACUGCCAAUACCAGUCCAAGAACUGAGAUGACAUCCGAUCCUAAGCCAGCUGGAAAUGUCUGUUCGAUGAAGGAAGCUGAGUCGGGUAGCCGAAAAGAGAGUUCUGAGAAGCCAACAUCGAAUGUUUGCUUGACAUUGAUGGAGUCAACGAUGAUAUUUUCAGUUCCCAUAUCGACGUUCCAAAGACGCCUGAACAAUAAUAGUAGUAGUAAUGUCGCCGGUGGGAUCACUGAAAACAAAUCUCCGGAAACAGUCCCAUUGUGGGAUACUGUUGACUCUCCCCAGAUUCUCAGGGCCCGGGAGAUUGGCGGCGAUGUGAGUUUCAAAAGAAAUGCGGUUCAACAUGCUCCGCGGCUGGAUGGAAAUACGAUGCAGCAACAAUCAAAUCAAGCUUCCGAUUUCUCCAUUCAAAAGUGUAGCACAAAAGAUGGCUCUGGCUCUGGCUUGGGUUGCUCGUCUGAUCUGGACAAGCCAUCGAGGAACGGCGACGUAAAGUUGUUUGGUAAAGUAUUGAUUUCCUCCAAGCAAAAACCGAAUUCCUCCUAUGCAGAAGAAACUUGCAGCAACAAUAAGGCAAGGUGCCAGUCGCUGAAUCUCAGAUUCAGCACCGAAGAUCAGAAGGCUGCCACUUUGGAUCAUUCCACGACAAUGUUUGGGCGUAAUGAGUUUAUCGGGUCUGAGAAUGUCCCAGUUAGGAGCUGCAGCUUGCCGGAUACAGGGAUGAGUUUUCCUAAGUACCCUGCUGUGUCGUACGCCAACCAUUCCAAAUUGGAGGUACAAGGCAAUGAGUGCGCCCCGAUGAACGGUGGUGUACCUAUUCUCCCAAGCAGCAGCAAUGGCAUUGCGAGCUAUCAGAAUCGAGAUAAGGAUGUGGAUGUGGAUGUAUUAUUCUCCGAGAUGCGAAGGUUUGACGCGGCAAUGCAACAAGAAGCAAGAGGGAUGAUAGGGAUUGGUGUUGUGGGCAUUCCAGAUCCUGUCAAAAUGCAGCAAUAUUCGAAAUCACACAACAUUAGUUUGGCACAGACACAGCCAGCAGUGAGAGAUAACAAAGAUGCAGCAGCAGCAGGGGAUGAACACAACAAUAAGAACAACAACAGCAGCAGCAGGUAGAGAGGCACAAAUAUGCAUGCUUUCAACAAAAGAAAAGCUCUCGUAUUCUAUCUCAUCCAAUCCAUUGUAUUAUAUAGGGUUUUUUAUUUUAAUUUUUAUUUCGAUUUUUAAUUGUAGUUUUAGUUUUAGUUUUAGUUUGUGGUUCAGGUGUUAGCAAAGGUAGAGCAGUUUGAGUGAGAAACGGUUCUCUCUGUUUUUGGGUCUCUUAAGAUAAUUAUUCGUAGAUGAUGAAUGUAAUUAAGGCAGGGCAGGGCAAGGCAGGGCAUCCCAUGUAUUUCCUCAUUUGUUGUAUCCCAUGGAGCUUUUUGUUUGUUGUG